AUGACUACUGAACCUAACCGUUUAAUAUAUCAACUGGUUAAACUGUCGAUUUUGAACUACUUAGUAUCAGUUGCACGUGAACUUCACAAGAAUCCGGAUGAAUAUGCGAUGGAACGGUAUAUGUAUGUGCUGUGUUUUAAAUGUAAAAAGGCUUAUUUUGGUGGUGAAAGUCGUUGUCAGCAAGAACUGGACAAUUCACAGUAUAAUCCUGAAGAAUUGAUCUGUGGGGGCUGUUCGGAUGUUGUGGGUGCACAAAUCUGUGGACGUCAUGGAGUAGACUUCCUUGAAUUUAAAUGUCGUUUUUGUUGUUCUGUUGCUGUUUAUUUUUGCUUUGGUACCACACACUUCUGUACGGCAUGUCACGAUGAUUUCCAACGAUUGAUGUGUUUGCCGAAGAAACUGCUACCCAAAUGUCCAGCUGGACCGAAAGGAGUACAGUUAGAAGAAAGUGAAUGUCCAUUAAGGGUAAAACAUCCACCAACAGGUGAAGAAUUUCCACUUGGUUGUGGCAUAUGCCGGAAUAUUCAUACAUUUUGA